UUGAUUCAUGAAGAAUCUGCUCAAUAAGUGUAUAUUAAGCCACUGGUUGAAUUUCCAUCAAAAAGAGAUUAAGCGUAGAAUGGAGAGGAAGGUUGACUCCAGGUCUUUUAGAGAUGGUACAGUUAAGAAACUCUAUUCUCCAAAGAUACUGUCCAACAAGAAGUCUUCUGCCUUCUCUGGGAUCCGGAGUGAGAUGCCUCGUUCCCGUCAUCCGGUGCAGCCUCACGCUCGGACCCAGAGGGGUCGGUUAAGAGAAUUGCGCAUCAGAUGUGUGACCAGGAAGUUUUUGUAUUUGUGGAUUCGAAAAACUUUUGGAAGAGUAUUUCCCUCUAAAGCCAGGUUCCACUACAGGCAAAGAAUACUCCGGAAGGCCUUCGAGGAGUGGAAAGAAGAGUGGUGGGUGUGCCAUCGAGAGUGGAAACUCUGUGUUCGAGCCGACUGUCACUACAGGUAUUACUUGUAUGGUCUGGCGUUCCAGACCUGGAAGGCCUACGUGCGUCAGCGGCAGGCUGUGAAGAACAAGUACGUGAGAGCCGAAGAUUAUGAUGCAAAGCAAAAGAUGCGGCAGGCCUGGAAGUCCUGGUUGAUCUACGUUGUUUUUCGGAGGACCAAGUGUCAGAUGCAGACCGCUGCCCUGGAGUUUAGGCAGCGGAGUAUUUUGUGGGCGUGUUGGAGCGAGUGGAGGCGGCGACUGGAGCAGCUCCGUGCGGGGCGUGCUCUUUAUGCCUCCGCCGUGAAGCACCGGGCCCAGAGCCUCCAGCUGCAGGCUUGGUUGCGGUGGCGGGAACAGCUCCUGCACGUCCAGGGGGAGAGACAGAAGGUGGCCUCCGCAGUGAGGCACCAUCAGCACUGGCAAAAGCUGAGAUCCCUGAAGGCCUGGCUUGAAUUCCUGCAGGCCCGGAGGGUAAAGAGACGGCGGAAGGAGCUGGCCGAGCGAUUCCACCACGUCACUGUUCUCCAGACACACUUCUGCGACUGGCAGUGGGCCUGGCAGCGGAGGGAGAGUUUGCAUGCUCACCGCGCACGGGUGGAAGCCCUGGCCAGAAGGAUGGUGCUGCGUCGGGCCUUCACGCACUGGAAACACUACGUGCUGCUGUGUGCAGAAGCAGCCGCCCAGUGGAAGAUGGCGGAGGAGCACUGCAGGCGCCGCUUGCUGCACCUUUGCUUCAGAGCCCUGAAAGACAACGUGACCCGGGCCCACCUGCAACGAAUCAGAAGGAAUCUCGCUCACCAGCAGCAUGGUGCCAUGCUGCUGCGCAGGUUCUGGAACCUCUGGCAGUCUCGGAUUGAGCAGAGGGAGGAAAGAAAGCAGCUGCCCUUCCUGCGUGCCGCCUGGGACCACUACAGAGUAACAUUGCUGCGCAAGUGUACCAGGCAGUGGUUGCAACAUACCCAGAAGAGGCGAUACAAGCAGCUGUUACAGGCCCGAGCGGACAGUCACUUCCAGCAGAGAGCCCUGCCCGCAGCCUUCCAGGCGUGGAGGAGACUCUGGCGGUGGCGCGAGCAAGAGAGUGUCCUCAACGCGAGAGCAGCGCGCUUCCACAGGGAGACACUAGAGAAGCAAGUAUUUGCUAUUUGGUGGCAGAAGAUGUUUCGGCAUCAGGAAAACCGCCUGGCAGAGAGAAUAGCCAUCCUUCACGCCGAGCGGCAGCUUCUGCGGAGGUCCUGGUACACGUGGCGGCAGCAGGCGGCAGCAUAUAGCCAGGAGCGGCAGCGGCAAGCGGUGGCCUGGGCCCACCACCGCGGGGGGAGGCUCCGGAAGGCCUUCGCCACGUGGAGGGAGCGAGCCCGAGGGCUCAGAUCAGAGAAGACGGGCGUGGUGCUGGCUGCAGAGUUCCACUCGGCACGGCUCCUGCGUUGGGCCUGGAACAGGUGGACAGAGUGCCUGGCCCUGCGGGGCGCCGAGCGGCAGAAGCUGAUGCGAGCAGACCUGCAUCACCAGCACACCUUGCAACUCAGGGCGCUGCAGACUUGGGGGACUUACCAGAGCCGGGUGCAGAGCGUCCUACAGGAGGUGGCGGCCAGGGAGAGCCAGCACAAGAGGCAGCUGCUGCGGGAUGUGUUCCAUCGCUGGAGAGAGAACACCGUAGCCCGCGUGGAUGAAGCUAAGAAAACCUCUCGAGCGAGAGCUCACUACAGAAGGGCCCUGUGUUUCAAGGUCCUGGCCCAGUGGCGGGAGGCCGCGUCAGUGCAGAUAUACUACCGACAGCAGGAGCACUGCGCCCUCCGGGAGGCGCGGAAGGUGCUGGAUGGGGGCCGUCUCAGGACCUGGUUUCGGCGCUGGCGGGAUUGUGGCCGGAGGGCAGCCCAGCAGCGAGCCCAGCUGGAGAGAGCGGUGCAGCAUUACCGUCGGCAGCUGCUGCUGCAGGGCCUGGCCCGCUGGAAGUUGCAUCACCUGGGCUGUGUCAGGAAGAAGCUCCUGCAGAGGCGGGGCGCCCAACUCCUGGCCCACACACUCAGCCGGUCCUGCUUCUGCCAGUGGAGACAGCAGCUGGCGAACAGGAGGCAGGAGCAGCAGAGCACGGCACGAGCCCUUUGGUUCUGGGCCCUCUCACUGCAGGCAAAGGUGUGGGCUGCGUGGCGGGGUUUUGUGCUGGAGAGGAGGAGGAAGAAGGCGAGACUGGAGCGGGCCAUGCAGGCCUACCACCAGCAGCUCCUUCAGGAGGGCGUCACUUGCCUCCUGCGGUUCACAGCCGGCGUGAAGACGCUCCGGCAGCAGCUGCAUGCGCAGCAGCAGGUGCAGGCGGCCCACAGCCUCCACCGGGCAGUCCACCGCUGUGCCAUGCUGUGGAAACAGAAGGUGCUGGGCCCAGGCAGGGCGCCUCAGCCCCCCUCAUCCACUGUGUCCAGCAGAAGGGUGACAUUCAAGGGUCCCCUUCCCAACCACAUCGCUGCUGGUGCUGGGGAUGCCGCCCUGGAGACCAAGAGGCCACGAGCUCCUCAUGAGCUGCAGAGAGCUCCGGGUGGCCUGGCCCUAGAUGCCGGGGAGCCGCACCUCCCGGAGCUCAAUGCUGUCCGCUUGGCAAGGAAGCAGCCACGACGCCCAAACUUCUUGCUGGACCCCUUGCAGAGCCAGAGGCCCCUGGCGUACAGCACCCUUGAGGGGCAGGGGCCUGAGGCGCCGAGGGAGCAAGGCCUAGGCAUGGCCCAGCCAGUGGCCCCUUCCCUGACGAGGCCCUUGCCGGAAAAGGCCCAGACAGUACUGGUCCCAAGCAGCGCCCUGCCUCAGCCUGGAGCCCUGCCAAGUGGUCCUGGCCUGAAGCUGUCCCCCACGGUGAAUACAGGCCCAGAGCUGCUGCCCCCGUCCUCCUUCAUGCCACGUGGGGUGGAUGCACCUGCGAGAGCUUCAGCGUGGCUGACCCCCUCUGGCCGUGUGCCCCUGGCUCCUGUAGGGCCAGCCAGUGUCCCCGACCCCCGUCUGCUCCUUCCUGGGGACCUCACAGGCACCCGGCCUGGGCUGGGCUCCGAAACUGCAGGUGUGUGCCUGAGGUCUGUCAGCACAGCAAGCACCUGGGCCACCCCCAGCACCUGGACUCCCUCCAUUCAGCCUGGGCCCAGCCAGGAGAGUGGGCAAGACCAAGCUUGUUCUCCUGUUGCCACGGGCCACGCCAGCCUGGAGGCCGAACUUGAGGACAUUCAGCGGCAAUUGCAGGACUACCAGAGCAUGAAGCAGAACCUCAGGUCCUACCAGCGGCAAGCGAGCAGCCUGCGCCGGUGGCUGGAGCUGAGCCGGGAGGAGCCCAGGCCUGACGACCAGGAAGCAGAGCAGCAGGUGCAGGAAGAACUGGAGGAGGUGGAACUGCAGAUCCUACAGCUGGCCGCAGAGCUCCAGGCUCAGCGACAGCCCAUUGACGCCUGCAUCGCCCGAGUGCAGGUGCUGUGGCGGGCUCUGUGCUAGAGCCGCAGCCCCCGGGAGGACUCAGCCCACCUCCAGGAACAGAAUGCAAAGCUGAACUGAGUUUCAUUUUUUAUUUCAAAAUGUUGCAAUUAAAUGAAUUACUGUUCA